UCUCUGAAGAACACACACACACACACACACACACCCCUUUGCUGCUUCUGUGGACCCUCAUACAAGGGAAUGGCACAGUAGUGAAGUGCCUUUCCACUGGAGCUGAAGGACAAUCCCACGGCAAUUUUGUUUCCCAGCACUGAUCCCUUCCAGAGCCACCAUGCCCAUUCUGAAGAAGCUCCCUGGGAGGUCCAGGAGUAACCUCAACAAUAGUGACGUGAUGCUUAAGAAUAACCAUGACAACAGUGAAACAAUGCUACAGAGUAACCAUGGCAACGGUGAGCUCAUCCUUCCACCAUCCAGCCUCAACCCGUUCGAAGACGUGGACCUAGAUGUGGGUUGGAAUGAGGAAGAAGGUGGGGUAUGGGAGAGAGGGCGGGGCCUGACAAGGUCAUCGCGGGAUGGCGAGGCACUGGAGAAUGAGGUGAACGCGGAGCUCCAUGGAGGGCUGAAGGUCACAGACAGGUCAAAGGGCAGCUCUCCUCUGAGAGGGACCCUGGAGCGCAUAUGUGGCUCAUCACCGCUGAAGACAUUGGGGAAACUGAGCAAAGGGCUGCGCAUGACUGGACGAAAUGUAUGGAGCAACACCCUGCCAGCCACACCCACUACCGGGAAGGAGAAGAAGAAGAAGAAUCACAGGAGACCAUCUGAGGAGAUCAUGACCUUGCUGAGGCUGGCGGGCCGGAGGAAGAAGAGCGAGCGGAGGGAGAGUCUCCCCGAGGGGGAGGUGAACGAUGAUGAUGAUGAGGACCCUGACCGUCAACCUUCAUUCCUGCGCAGCCUGGGCAAACUUCGUGGAGACUCGUUCACCAGCCGGGACUCCCAGGAGGCUGAGCGGGAGAGCCCAGAGGAAGAGACGCCCAUCAAACGCAGGGAACCGCUGUCAGUCCUUGAAAUCCUGCAGCUAGUGAAUCAGCGAGACCUCCUGCUGGCCGAUACCCACAUCCAAGAGCUGGAGAGAGAGUGUGAACUCGACCCAACCCUUUUGCAAACCCCACCCACCACCCCUACAACCACUGCUACAACCCCUCCCCUUCCCUCUUCUCAUUUGUGGCUCACCCUGGCGGGCCAGUGUGACGACGAGGCUCCAAACGCCUGGGAUGCGAGCCUGAGGAAAGUUAAAGAUGUUGAGUUGCUCUAUGAGGCACUGCAGAGAGAGAUGUGGGAUGUGGUGCGUGAAUCGCUACGGCAACCAUGUGCCGGCCCCCAGCUCGGCCUAGUCGUGCUUGUGAUCCAACAGGAGGAGCACGCCGACCGCAUCUGGGCCAUGCGCCAGGAGGCUCAAUCCGAGCUUCGUGAUGGGGUCCAGCCUGACCUGCAUGAGAAGACCCAGUCAGAGCUGCAUGAGAGGGCCCAAUCUGACCAGCGCCAGGAGGCCCAGUCCAACCUGUUUGAGGGGAUACGUUCUAGCAAGCGUCCCCGGAGGCUGAGGCAAAAAUGGGCAGAGGCAGUGGGAGAGGCUGCUGAUUGGUCACUGCCACAGCCUGGCGGUAUCACAGCAGGACAGAUGAGCACGUUCCUGGAUCGGCUAAGAGGCCGAGUGGUGGAAGACAUGGACGCAGCGAGGAGGAACGUGGUAGGAGUGUAUCCAAAAGAGUUUUCCGUGUUUCAAGUGUACAUGCAGAGCUACCACAGAGGCGUGGCCAAACGUCUUCGAACCAUCAGUGCAGGGCAAGUGCAGAUCACCGAUAUCUACUCACUGCUUGACUGGGUCUACAACAUCUACAACAGGGAUGUGCUGGGCACGGUGGGUGCUAUGGGGUCUAUAGACUGUGGAGCUCUCGAGCCACUGCUUCCUGCCGAGGUCAUGGACAGACUGGAACAGGAGUGUCUUGACACUGUCUGGGACAAGGUAACUAUGGAGCUCUCUCAGGUUCUGGAGGAUGAGGAGAAGCGAUGGACUCAGACUUUACACAUUGAGGAGUACCAGUCUGGCCUCGCACGUUCAAUCAUACAGAGGCUGAAAGUGGACCUGGACAGAUCGACAGGUGUCAGUCAGCCUUUGGGAGCUCGAGUGGCCCGAUGCACUCUCAAAGGGUUAGCCGACUUCCUCCACAGUUUCCAGAGAAAGGUCGAGAUGUUCCACGAGACUCAGGCGGAGUUUGGGGAUCGAGCUGAUGGUUACGUGUCUCGCACCAUUGCUUUGGCCAACUGCGUCCCUCCCUUCAGGAGCUUUGUGGAGCGCUGUAGGCAGUGUGACCCCCUCGGCAGUGAAGACUCCUCCCACAGAGCACACUCGUCACUCGAACGCAUCAUCAACCAGUCUGUACGAGUUCUCACCGACAGACUGUUUGAAAACAUUCGGCCCUUCUUUGAUAAACUGCUCAGAAAGAAAUGGCUGAACAACACGGAGGCGUACGAGAGCAUCGAGGCCACCAUCAAACAGCACUUUAAAAAGUUCCGCAGGAUGGACUGUCCUCCCUAUCAAACACUGGUGAAUGAAGUGCAUAGGCGGGUCAUGGUGGAAUACGUACGUGCCAUCAUGAGGGGGCGGGUCAUCUGCACAUCACUCAAAAUGAGGAAGAGGCUCGCAUUCCGGCUGCAGGACGAGGCCAGACAGCUGAAAGCACUGUUUAAAGACCUGGAAUCUACCUGUUCCUGGCUGGAUAAUGUGAUUGGUCACCUGGCUGACAUCAUCCUCCUGGAAGACACACCCUCUAUUCAGAUGGAAGUGGGAGUGCUGGUGAAGGAGUUCCCAGAUAUUCGGAGGAAGCAUGUCUCCGCUGUCCUGAAUGUCAGAGGGAUGGUCCAGCAGGCAGAACGUCAGGAGAUUCUCGCUGUCGUCCGGGACUUUGAGACCAGCGACAGCCACGCCCAUGUUUCCAGAGACCACGCCUUGUUCUCUGAGAUCACCGUGGCAACAGACAUGCCCUGUCUGGGACUGGUUCUGAUCCGCUUUGGACUGAGAGUGUCAUCGUGGGUGUCGAGUGCCCGUCCUCGUCGGAGACGGCCCAAAAGGAGAGCGGAUGAAGCUAAUGAACACGUUACACAAGACAACCAAUAACAUCUGAAUAACCAGUCAGACAGUAGAUCAUAACAAGAAGUCAAAAUGUUACAGAAAUUAGCCAGGAAUCAGCCGAGAUGUAAAAAAAACACAACACAAUGAAUAGCUCAUCAACCAAGAACCAAAUCAUUUCCAGUCAAGGUCCAAUUGGAGGACAGCUUCCUAAGUAGACAGCAUUUGUGGCUAGCAUUUGGCAUCUGGAUGGUCGAUGUCCCUCAAAGUAUGGGUCAGAUGAGAUAAAAAUAUCAUUCAGCUCACAGACUGGCUCUGGAGAAUUUAGAAAUCGCCCAACUCUACUCCUCAAGUUCCUUAUUUUGGCCAAAUUUACAGUAAUUCUGUUCAUUGAACAACUUUAAAAAGUUUCAACCUCCAAAGCAGACCAAACUGUUCCAGCACUCCAAAUGUCAGUGAAUUAUUAGUCUCAUAGCUAGCUAAAAAUCUGAUUUGUGUUUGUAGAUCGCCAACCAAAAGUUGUUCCAUAGUUAUAUUUGACUAACAAAUGUAACACGAGGGCGGUACGGUGGUGUAGUGGUUAGCGCUGUCGCCUCACAGCAAGAAAGUCCUGGGUUCGAGCCCAGCAGCCAACGAGGGCCUUUCUGUGUGGAGUUUGCACAUUCUCCCCAUGUCUGCGUGGGUUUCCUCCGGGUGCGCCGGUAUCCCCCACAGUCCAAAGGCAUGCAGGUUAGGCUAAUUGGUGGCUCUAAAUUGACCGUAGGUGUGAAUGUGAGUGUGAAUGGUUGUUUGUUUCUCUGUCAGCCCUGUGAUGGCCUGGCGACUUGUCCAGGGUGUACCUCGCCCAUAGUCAGCUGGGAUAGGCUCCAGCUUGCCUGCGACCCUGUAGGACAGGAUAAGCGGCUACAGAUAAUGGAUGGAUGGAUGGAUGGGUGUAAUACGACUUUUGCUUCAGGUGCUAACCUGCUAGUUAGCCUCGGUUAUCUUGUUUCACAGAAAAAUCGCUGCAGCUCAGGAUCCAUCCACAGGUACGCCAAUAAACUCGUGAGAAAUAGCAUGUAAACAGAUAUAGUAUCCAGGCAGCCUGAUAAAGUUAGCACUGUCCUGAACCUGAACCAGGUUUCUUUUGAGACGCAAAUCAACCUGUAUUGGUCGAAUCCAUGCAAUCCUCAAGACAAGCACAGGAAGAAAUAGAAAAAAUGUGACCCUCACAUUUCGUUGAGACAGAAGAAUUCAAACAGGAAGUACUCUCCAUUAUUCACACAGUGAACAGGAAGUAGACUUAAUGACCGCCGAGUCAUCAGUCCCUCUGUCUGACACAGCUAAUGGUUCCUCCGGUGGAAACAGAGUCCUAUUCCAGUUCACUCGAAACAAUGGAGUCCACUUGUGAAUAGAUACAGGGUCUUGUCCCGUUUUAAUCGAACUUACAUUCAUGUGCAUUGUUAAAACUGCUGGAUAAAUAAGUUAUAAAAAAGUAAACGCUUCCAUGGCAUCCUUAAUCCUUCUCAGAGAUAGGAUCGGAUGUUUUAAAAAAGGAAAAAAGUCAUUUCCAGAUGAACUGGUUCACCAGUAUGUAUGGAGAAGUAGUGUCUUUUUCCGUUAUGCAGUAUAUUGAGACGCUUGAGUAGUUACUCUUGAAAAUAUUGUGGUUAUACAUUGUGGUGUAAUGUUAGUAUUUAUCCUGAAUAGCUAGCUAGGCUGGGGCGGCACGGUGGUGUAGUGGUUAGCGCUGUCGCCUCACAGCAAGAAGGUCUGGGUUCGAGCCCCGUGGCCGGCGAGGGCCUUUCUGUGCGGAGUUUGCAUGUUCUCCCCGUGUCCGCGUGGGUUUCCUCUGGGUGCUCCGGUUUCCCCCACAGUCCAAAGACAUGCAGGUUAGGAUAACUGGUGACUCUAAAUUGACCGUAGGUGUGAAUGUGAGUGUGAAUGGUUGUCUGUGUCUAUGUGUCAGCCCUGUGAUGACCUGGCGACUUGUCCAGGGUGUACCCCGCCUUUCGCCUGUAGUCAGCUGGGAUAGAUUCCAGCUUGCCUGCGACCCUGUAGAACAGGAUAAAGCAGCUAGAGAUAAUGAGAUGAGAUGAGCUAGCUAGGCUUUCUUGCAAUCCAGUUAAUCAGUGACAGUGUGAAUAUCGGUUGUUGCCAGGAUGGAACUUGUCGAACUUUAGGAAAUCAAAUAAAUCAAAACUUGCAUAGGUAUAUCAAAUCACAAUCCAAUCUUGAGAUUAUUCCAUUAAAUAUAUUCUACUAAUUAUAACUAUGUUCUGCUUACGUCAUCAAUCAGUACUGUAUGAUCCGGAAAUCAGCUUUACCUUUCGCUAUCACCAUCAUCUUAUUUGUAGCUGUUUGAGUUUGGUGCCAUCCUGUCGAUUCGCUGUCCUCCUGUUGGUUGUUUUUAGAUGAGCAUCAAAGCAGCACUCACACUCAGCAUUCAGAAAUUUCCCACACUGUCAGAAUUUUGUUGUCAGCCAUCUUUGGUUGCAGUGGCACUAAAUGGCCUGCCACUAACAUGAACACAUUAUGAGUUCUCAGCCCGCUGAUCUAUCUGAUACAAAUUUGCUGUCAACAAUCAUUUUUGGAGCCUUGGGCAAAUCUUUUGUGAAUUGGAUGUUAAAUUACAUGUGAGUCACACAAUCUAAGAGAAUAAUCAAUGGCAACAGUGUCCUCGGUAUUUGUAUUCUUCUUCAUUUUUAAGCUUUAACAAAAAAAAACUCAGGCAACGAGUGACACUUUUGGCUUUUAGCUUUGGAUACUGGUGUGUGCGGUGUGCAAACCUUUACGAUGGGAUUUUCACCGUUAUGUCAAGAGAUCGAAUCAUACAUUAGCAUGGAGUGAAUGUGAAGAACCACAGGGACCAGUCAGACUGCAGCAGAAGGAAUUUAGUCUUCCGAGAUCAUCUUCUGCUUGAUAAGAAUGAUAUAAAAAUCAGUAAUAAGGAAAGUGAUGGCUUCUUGACUGAGAAAUGAGGGUAACCCGGAUGUAGUAAAGCUGUUUUUGGGAGCAAGUAUGUUUCGUAAAAAUGUCCAUUGCAAUGAAUCUUAAAGAAAACUUGUUUAUAGUCCAUAGUGAGGUGAAAGAUUUACAGUAAGUCUAACAUAUACAUUCAGCUGAAUUUUUAUGCAAAAUGACUAUCAAUAGUCCAAACAAGAGAGUUUAUUAUUCAAGAAAUAUUUUCAGUAACUCUACUUAAUCGUAUUAGUAUGUGCAUCCUUCUAAAUAGCUGGUCUUGAACUGUAUCUAUUCAAUUAUUUGUGCAGUUUCUGUAUAAAAUCCUUGUGAAAUCAAUUGAAAGAUAUGAACUGAAGUGAUGUGAAACAUAAAUGGGAUUUUUCUAAUGUUAAAGAUUUUCUCUGGAAAUAAAAACCCAUUGACUGGGUAC